GGAUGACGUUAUCCGCUACUGCAGGUUGUGCGUUGACCGUUGGUGCGGUGCGGUAGCCGCUUGGACGCUGAAAGAAAAAAAUAGAGAGGAAAGGGUAUUGUAAUUGUUAAUGAUUAGUGGGUGGUGGUGGGAUUGGUAAGCUUGUAAUAUUUGAAAAUCCUCUAAAUACCGCACUUUACUGUAACAGACAGCAAAACCCUCAAUGUAGCAGGCGGGGAGGGGAGUGUGUUUUCUUUUUGCGGGGAAAAAAGAAGGGGUCCUAGCUAGAUUUCUUGGUUUUGCCUAUGGAUUACCAAUUCUAAUAAAUGGCCUUUUUUUUUGAGGGAGGAGUUUCCUAAUUCAAACGAACUCCCCCCGCGGUUGAUUCCUUGUCGCCUUCUUAUUCCCAUCGGAAGUGUGCGCCAGUCGUCAACGCCAGCAUAUGAUAAACGCCGGCAAUCACCAACUACCACCAACCACCACCACCACCCCCACCAUCACCCACUAUCAGCACCUCAAAGAAAUAUAAUCUUACAUUUACCCCUCCACCACACACGCCCUUCAUCCACAUCCCUCACCGGCCUGCCUCGGGCAUCAACCCCCCCUUCGCCAAAAUCAUAACCCGGCUUUGUAAUCAGCCCGUUCUCACCCCGUCAUCACACUGGCUGCCUCGGGAGCCGCGCCCGCUAGAAAUAUAUCCUGCCAAGGCCCACCCCACCAAGGCGGCGCCGCGCUUCGGAAAGAGACCUCCUCCCCUCCAUUGACAUAUUUUAUUCCCCCCGCCGCCAGAGAAACAGACUGAGUUUGAGUUGCGUUCGCGAACAAGAAUAGAAGAGGGGUUAGGACGACUGCGCUGCGAUGGGCCUUCUUGCCCUGGGGACCCCGCUGGAGUGGCCCGAGGCAAAGAAGAAUGCGGAUCAGGUUCGCGAUUGGGGGAUUAAGCAAUUACUAGCGAUAUGGAAUAAGGCGAAGGGCAAAGAGCGGGAUGCUCUGUUGUGGGGAGACGAGGUCGAAUAUAUCGUCGUCAACUACGAUGAGAACGACCCGAAGGUCACGUUGUCGUUGCGACAGGCGGAUAUCCUGCACUCGCUCGCCCAUGACGAUGAGCUGAAGGAGAAGGGCGGGUGUGUGCCUGAUCUGCAGGAUGUGGCUUCCGCGAACGGUGAUACUCUCCCAGUUUUCCACCCCGAAUUCGGCCGGUUCAUGCUCGAGGCGACACCAGGAAAGCCAUGGGGAAUUGGGUUCAAGGAUCUCCUCGACGUGGAGCAGAACAUGAAGUGGCGGCGGAAGCUUGCCAAAGAGCACAUGAAGCCCGAGGAAUACCCCAUGACCCUAACGACCUACCCACGCCUAGGAUCCCCCGGCGUCUUCACCGACCCCUACUUCCCCCCCUCCGGCGAGAAACUCCGCUCCCAAUUCGUGCCCGACGAGAUCGCGAACCCGCAUAUCCGCUUCCCCACCCUCGCUGCCAACAUCCGCUCCCGACGUGGCCGUAAGGUCCAGGUUAACGUGCCAAUUUACAAAGAUGUGAACACGCCCUGGCCAUGGAAGGAUCCGACUGUCAACUAUGACCUGCACAAUUGGCCGGAGGACGACGAUGUGCGUAAUGGCGCGGCGCCGGAUAAUUUUAUCCAUAUGGAUGCGAUGGCUUUUGGGAUGGGCAGCUGUUGUCUGCAGAUCACAUUCCAGGCUAAGAAUAUUACUGAGGGACGGAGGAUGUACGAUCAAUUGAGCCCUCUGGCCCCAAUUUUGCUCGCCUUGACGGCUGCUACGCCGGUGUACAAGGGGUUCCUCGCCGAUACCGACGUGCGCUGGAACCAGAUCAGCAGAGCCGUAGACGACAGAACAGCCGAAGAACUCGGCGAGAAGCCCCUCGAGCACGACCGCUGGCGCAUCCCCAAAUCCCGCUACGCCUCCAACUCAACCUACAUCUCCAACGACUCCCGGCUGCGCAAAGAAUACCUCGACCCCGACCUCGUGAUCGACCCAGAUAUCAAACAACAACUCAUGGACGGCGGCAUGGACUCCCGCCUCGCCACGCACUUCGCGCACCUCUUCAUCCGCGACCCCAUCGUCAUCUUCGCCGAGGACUUGACGACUCUCGACCUCACCAAGACCGACCACUUUGAGAACCUGCAGAGCACCAACUGGCAACACAUGCGCUUCAAGCCUCCCCCUGCAGGCGUCGAUAUCGGAUGGCGUGUCGAGUUCAGGCCAAUGGAGAUCCAGAUCACGGAUUUUGAGAACGCGGCGUUCGCGGUGUUUAUUGUGCUUGUCACCCGCGCGAUUCUAAGUUACGAUCUUAACUUCUACAUCCCGAUUCAGAAGGUUAGUGAGAACAUGGAGACAGCGCAUAAGCGGGAUGCGGUGCUGGAGGAGAAAUUCUGGUUUAGGAAAAACCCGCUCCCGACGCGGCUGCCGAGGCCUUAUAACGCUGCGGGGAGCGGGGCAUCUACACCUGUUAUGUCGAGACCGCCUACGCCGACGGGACCGGUGGAGGAUGAGUACGCGCAGAUGAGCGUCGAUGAGAUUGUGAAUGGGAGUGCUGAGUUCCCCGGGUUGAUCCCCCUGGUGGAGUCAUACCUCGGCAGCGUGAAUGUUGAUGUUGAGACGCGCUGUGAACUACAGCGGUAUUUGGAUCUGAUUAGGCGACGCGCGGAUGGGACGCUGUGGACGGCGGCGAAGUGGAUUAGGGAGUUUGUGAAGGGGCAUGAGGGGUAUAAGGGGGAUAGUGUGGUGGGGGAGGAGAUUAAUCAUGAUUUGAUUGGGGCGGUUAUUGGGAUUGAGAGGGAUGGGGGGGAGGGGGUGGCUAAUGUGGAGAAGUUGCUGGGGAAGCAGAGGCAGAGGGGGGGACUGUGA